AUGCCCCUUUUACCUAUGACAGAAGAUUCUUCUCAACUAGUACUGAAUUCAGAAAAUUCAUUAUCCCUGAGAAUUACCUAGAAAUCAAUCAUUCUAGAUCCAGUGGUCCCGGAGGAUGAUGUCAAGGAACGUUUAAAGCAGUAGAGGCCUUAGAAUCUCAAUAAGGAGGGAGAUUUCAUAUGCAUAAGUCAAGAGCAUAGAACCUAGGAAUAAAACUAUAAAGAUGCACUACAUAAAAUGCAAGAAUAUAUUAACACAGCCUCAAUCAUUCCAAAGGAGAGAGUUUAUAAGGAAUUUAAGGAAUCAGAAACAUAGGAAUUUAGAAGAAUUGACUACAAGCGCAAACGUAGUGAUGUCAAAAGCAAUAGAGGUUCGAAAUGGGACUUUUGA